AUGGCUAAGUCAGGAAUUGCUGCAGGUGUUAACAAAGGUAGAAAAACUACUGCCAAAGAAGUUGCCCCAAAAAUCUCAUACAGAAAAGGUGCUUCAUCUCAAAGAACUGUUUUCGUUAGAUCAAUUGUUAAAGAAGUUGCUGGAUUAGCUCCAUAUGAAAGAAGAUUGAUUGAAUUGAUCAGAAAUGCUGGUGAAAAAAGAGCCAAGAAAUUGGCUAAAAAGAGAUUAGGUACUCAUAAGAGAGCUUUAAGAAAAGUUGAAGAAAUGACUCAAGUUAUUGCUGAAUCUAGAAGACAUUAA